AUGUCUCAAGCAAAGUCAAUUGUUGUUAUUGGUGGCUCACGUGGCAUUGGUUUGGGUAUAGUAAAGCAGGCGCUGUCUGAUUACCCCCAAGCCACUGUUUUUGCUACUGCCAGAAACCCCGAAAAGGCAACUGAGCUUCAGGCUCUUUCCGACUCAAACAAAGGAAGGCUCCAAAUUCUGGCUCUUGAUGCAGAUGACUCAAACUCUAUCAACCAGGCUGCUACCAAGAUCGGACAGCAAUUCGAGUCUCUGGAUGUUGUCAUCUACAACUCUGGCGUUUUGAAUGGAUUUGGAAACAUGCUUGACGUCGGUGCUCAGUCAUUGAUUGAUAACAUGACCACGAAUGUUUAUGGCGCCUAUCAUGCCGCUGUUGCAUUUGCGCCCCUCUUGUUGAAGUCUAAGUACGAGAGAAAAUCUCUGGUGUUCCUUUCUUCGUCGUUUGCUUCCAUGCAGCUGGCCGACGAGAUUGCUGCGGCUCACGAAGAGGGAAUCGCAAAGGGAUUUGACGCCACAGGGAUGUACAACGUUUCAAAGACUGCCUUGAACCGUCUAGGAAAAGAGCUUGACACUGUUCUGGCCAGACAGGGUUUGCCUGUUCUCUUACUUCAUCCGGGACUGGUGAAGACCGAUAUGAACCCUUUUUACGAAAUCGAAGUCCCAGAAAGCGCCGCUGGAUUGGUCAAAGUUAUCCAAACCUUUACCCCCGGAAAGAAGAACUUCUACAGCUGGAACGGCGAUGCGCUACCGUGGUAA